CGAUGUUUACGCAUUUGGUGUGAUUUUGCUUGAGCUUUUUACUUGUUCGAAAGAUGAGGACUUGCUUGCGCAUUUACUUGCUUUGAGAAAUGGAGCAAAAAAGUUGGAGAAGAAUAAAAGCUUAGAUGUUAGGGAGACUAGACCGUUCUUGUUUACGGAAAUAAUUGAUCCUCGACUUGAGGGUGAUUAUCCUGUGAAUGCGGCAAUGCAGAUGGGCACACUCAUCCAAAGAUGUACCAAGUGCUUGCCUACACGACCGUCCAUGCAACAAGUUUUAGAUGUUCUGAAUGAUAUUGCAGAGAUUAACUAGUAUCGAUAUGAUUUGUCCUUGUCUUGCUUUAGUUUUGAAAGCUUGAAUAAAACAAAAAACUAUGUUUUGUUAUGCCCGUGGCUGUACACGUUACUGACGAUCAUUGAUUCAUUGUCUAUGAUGCGACUUUGAUCUUCUUCCCUUUCUUUUUUUUUGUUCUCCAGUAGAAUUAAAACGAAUUAAUCUAAAGUAUAAGUGGUAACUCAUCAACAGAGCAUAGACAGAUCACAAGUUGCCUACAUGAGAGAGGUGAAUAUUCCACAAGAAAAAAGAAAACCCAAUAGUCAAAUGAUAGUAAUAUGUAAACAUAUAAUAUUGUAUUUAUGCAUACUGAUAUAGCCUGGCCUAGCCCCAUCCCACCCAUUUAAGAGUCUGACUUUGUUUAAGCUUGGAAAUUACGUUUGCAUUUUUACUUAUUCACGAACGAUCUUGUAAAAUAAUUUAUACGAAACUGAGAGUAUAUGCUAUUUGAAAGAAUGUUUUGUUUUUUUUUUCUUUUCUGAAAUAUAUGAGGCCGUAGAGGCAGCCUAGCUUUAAAGUUUAAAGGCUUUGACUCGAAUUUGUGACCGUUCUUUACUCAGAAAAAUCAAAACGACAUUUAUUUCUCACUAACAAGGCAAUAAGUCAAAAACGUAUUAAAAAUGUAGUAAACGCGGUUUUGCUAUUGUUUACGUAAGUCUCAGCAUUGUUACUUAAAUGGAUAUACUCGUAAUUAGUACUGUGGUUGCUUGUUUUUCUUUGUCUUGUCUAAGUGAGCAAAAGUGUUGAAUGCUUUCUCAACCUCUUUAUUAUAAGACUCCAAAAGAAGAUGUGUUCAAGAUAUGAAAUCAAAAUCUACAGAUCAAACCAUCGCCCUUAACAAUGGGAAACGGUUUAAAGCCUUGUAAACAACAACAUCCUUCGUAUCUUUACGAGCCUCUCAUCAAUACUCCUUUGUUGGAAGAAGCAGAAAACGAGAAUCUGAGAGUCUUCAGCGUCAAGGAACUGAAGAAAGCAACGAAAAAAUUCAAAAAAGAGAGGGUCGUAGAAGGGGAGGAUACCUAUGUUCAAACAUUCUACAAGGGUAACAUCAAUCAGACCACAUCUGCACCAUCAAAAACUAAAACCAGAAUCGAUGUUUCUGUCAUGGAAGGUCUUCUUUAUACUCCACAUGGUCUAGAAGAGUGGAAGAUAAGCAAAGAAGAAGCUGAGUCUCUAGGAGAGAUUUUUCAUCCCAACUUGGUUAAACUCUUGGGUUACUGCUCUGAAGAUAACAGAUCACUCUUGGUUUUCGAAUACUUGGGCAAAGAAAGUUUGGAGCAUUACAUUUUCGAAAAAGAGGAGACAUUGUCAUGGGACACACGGGUUAAAAUAGCCAUCGGAAUAGCACAAGGUGUUGCAUUCCUUCACUCGAUCAAGAACAGCCCAUUACAUCAAGAACUCAGGAUGCAUAACAUUAUGCUUGACGAGCAAUACAAUGCAAAAUUGUUGUACCUUGACUCAAAAAAACAAUUUUGGCCAAUUGGUUGGACAUUUGUGGGAACUAUAUACAUGUCUCUUGAAUAUCUAGAAGCAGCUACUUUGGGAAUGGAGACGGAUGUAUACACAUUUGGUGUGAUCUUGCUUGAACUCUUUACUGGUUCGAAAGAGAUAUCAAUAUAUCUGAAACGCUUAAGAACUAGAACUAUCUUGUUUGCGGAAAUAAUUGACCCCAGACUUGGGAGUCAUUAUCCUGUGAAUGCAGCCACAAAGAUGGGCAAACUCAUCCAAAGAUGCACCAAGGAUAACUGGAAGAAACGACCGUCAAUGCAGCAAGUUUUGGAUGUUCUGAAUUCUAUUUGUAAUUCAGUAUUAAUGCAUAGAGAUACUAAUAUUUGAAAAUGAAGAUAAUUAAAAACAAAGUUGCAUGUUUUUACCCCCUCUAGCAAAUUUUCUGUAAUUAAGAUUAGCCACACCACAAAACUAAAAUAUAUACUAAUAUAUUCAAAAUCAUGUUGCAACAAAAUAUUAAUGGAAAAGUCGUAACUAUUUUUAGCCACGUUUUGUUUCGUAAAAUAUUUGUGGCUUUUCUGUCACGAUUCAGAUAUGAAUUGCCAUGUUUCUCAUUUCAUAACUAUUUUGUGGGUUAUAGCCAAAAUUUCUACUAGUGUUAAAAUCAAAUAAUUUUACAUAUUAAAAUUUUAAAAGCAUACACGAAUGUUGGCUAUAUCUAAAAGUAAUACUUCUGAUCGAACAUUCUACAAAGGCUACAUCGUUGAGACAACAUUUUCUCCAUUGAAAAUCAGAACUGGAAUCUCUGUUUCUGUCACGGA